AUGCUGUCGCGACGCUCCCUCGCCGUGGUCGGGUUCGCCCUCAUUUCGCUGGUUGUCCUGCUCGUCACAUCAAAACGGCUUGGCGAUUGGGGGUUUGACAGUCCGUAUUACCACGACCGGCCGGACCAUGGAUCGAAAAACGAUAAUACCAAUGCGACGGACGGCCACGGCCACGGCGAUUCUUGGGAUUCUGGCAUCAUGGUCGGCACCGAUGAUUUGCCCCCACGGCCAGGACGCGAUCCGCUCUGCGAUGCAUUCCCGGACACGUCGGGCAUCCUUCUGGUCAUGAAGACCGGUGCCUCCGAGGCAUAUGGCAAGGUCCCGACGCAGCUCAUGACGGUGCUGAAGUGCCUUCCGGAUUUCCUCAUCUAUUCCGAUAUGGACCAGCACAUUGCAGGCUACCACAUCCACGACAGCCUGGAGACGGUCCUGCCCGAGGCGAUGGAGGGCAACUCUGAUUUCGACCUGUAUCGACGACAGAAGUCCUGCCCGGUCGACCAGGACAACUGCAACAAGCUAGGAGACCCAGCGUCCGAGGGCUGGAAUCUCGACAAGUACAAGAACAUCCACAUCGCCGAGAAAGCAUACAACCUGAAGCCUGAUUACGACUGGUAUGUGUUUGUAGACGCCGACACCUACGUGCUUUGGCCAAACCUGGUGCAGUGGCUGCACAAGAUGAAGGCGUCCAGGAAGCGGUAUCUAGGAAGUGUCACCCUGAUCAACAACUUCAGUUUCGGCCACGGAGGAAGCGGGUAUGUCGUCUCGCGUGCCGCAAUGAAGGAUUUUGCUGGAAAGAACCCGGGAGUUGCAAACAAGUACGAUAUUCGUGCCAAGAGCGAGUGUUGCGGCGAUUACCUCUUCGCUCUGGCGUUGAAGGAGCAUGCAGGACUUUCUGUAGAGCAGGUGUGGCCGACCAUCAACGGUGAAAAGCCAAACACGCUUCCAUUUGGGCCAUCGCACUGGUGCCACCCGAUCGUGACGAUGCACCACAUGAACAGCGAGGAAAUCUCUAGCUUCUGGGAGUUCGAGCGCCGACGAUACGCCGCACAGAACCUGCCCACCGCACCGCCCGUCCUGACUAUGAAGGACAUCUACACCGAGUUCCUUGCCCCGAAGCUGCAACACAAGCGCGAGGACUGGGACAAUCUCUCAGACGAUUGGUACUACCUGGACAAGGACUCGAAAGACCACGAGUGGGAGGACUGGCGACUGGGCCGCACCCGGCAGGAGUCUGACAUGAACGAGUUGGAGAAGAAAGCGCACUUGAGCUUUGAGAACUGCCGCAAGGCUUGCGAGAGCGUGGACGAGUGCUUCCAGUUCCGGUGGUCAAAUGACUGCUGUGGGUUUAGCAAAGCUUUCAUGCUGGGCAAGCCGGUGAAGAAAGACAGCAACGAGAAGAAACGCUCAAUGAGCGGCUGGGCCGUUGAGAAGAUUCAUAAGUGGAUCGAUGAGCAGGGCGAGUGUAAGAAGAUCAACUGGCCGGGUCUUUGA